GCAAUUGGGUUAAAACGUUGAAAGAAUCAUAUCUAUUUCAAUCAACCAUUAAAGCAUGUUAAUAUAUAAACGGUAUGACGAAAUUUUUAUUAAUUUAUCAUUCGAAUCGUUAAAUAUUAAUUUACUCUAUGAAACAAGUGUCGUAGAAUUUAUUUCUCAAUCGAUACUACUAUUAAAUUGGUGGUUAAAAUUCAUGGUCAUAUAGAAGCUUUCCCUUUCCGCACCGUGCUAUAUACUAAACUCACGUAGGACAUGUGUAGGUAUUGUUUCUGAUUAAAGCAAAUCAUGAGUAAAGUGCUAACGCUGGUAUUUCUUACCCUUUGUUCAGUAAUCUUAACAAACGCUGAACCCUUACGAUUUGUAAAAGACUUUUUUCAAUUUAACAUUGCUGGUCAUCCCGUUCUACACAAAUCAGUUGAAUGGCUCUUUGAUCCAGAUAUAGGAAUAAGAAGAUCCAGGCAGUAUCAGGAAAAAAACGGAUAUCUGGGUGAAAAAGCUAUCGAGAAGUUAGGAUUGGGGAUAGAUGGAUAUGACAGAGAAAGAUUAGCUCAGCAACAGCAAAGAGAUGAAGGACAUCUAAAUGGAAUUGAAUAUCUAACUCCAUAGAUAGAGAUAUAAAUAUUAAUUGAUUUAUUCUAGUCUAAUCAGUUAAAAAAUUACAAGAAUAGUAGAAAAGAUUUAAGAAA